AUGGAGAAGACUAGACAGAGAAAGGAAGAAGUUAGGGUGAAAUGGGUUAAUGAACUCCACCGGCCAAUUGCUUUUGCUAGCAAAGCCCUUACGUGCGCUCAGGCCAAGUAUCCUGCUCACCGCUUGGAGUUCUUGGCUUUGAAGUGGUCCGUUUGCGAGAAAUUCAGCCACUGGCUGAAAGGCCACGAAUUUGUUGUUUGGACAGACAACAAUCCCUUAACUUACAUCCUUACAAAGCCUAAACUCGACGCGUGUGAGCAGAGAUGGGUCUCCAAGUUGGCGCCCUAUCGUUUCAGCAUCAAGUAUAUACCUGGCAGUAAGAACGUAGUAGCCGAUGCUUUAAGUCGUCAACCCUUUGUCCAUAACCGGGUCAGUCAGAGGCUGCUGAAUGAGCCUUACAAUGCGUUGCUUGAGGAAGCGGAACAGUUUGAGAAGGAGACAGUGCAGGACGCAUUCAGGCUUAGUGCUGGUGUUCAGAGCGUCGAAUGCCCUCCUUGUGUAAUGCAUUGUCCGAUUUCUAGUGCCGAGGUGUCUGCGGUGUUAGAGGGUCAUAAUGACUGGGAAGCAGGGAGGAUCUUGAAGCAGUGGGACAAGUUAAAGAUACUCGAUGGUUUACUGUAUCGUGUAACCAAAGAUAAUCUGAAGGGAAAGAAACGGUUGCAGUAUGUUGUUCCCUCUUCUUUAAUCACGCAGGUCAUGACAGGCGUUCACGACGAACAGGGCACCAGGGCCAAGGUAGAACAAUGCACCUGGAUCCACUCAGAUCAGGGGGCUAACUUUGAGAGCCAACUGAUCCGAGAGUUGCUGCAGGUUGCCGGUGUGAAAAAGUCCCGAACAACUGCUUACCAUCCAAUGGGAAAUGGCCUUGUUGAAAGGUUUAAUAGAACCUUGGGCAGCAUGAUCAGAGCACUCCCGCCGAGGUCUAAGGAAAAGUGGUCCCAGUUGCUUCAGACACUGACCUUUGCGUAUAACUGUACCGCGCACGAAUCCACGGGUUAUGCUCCAUUCUACUUAAUGUUUGGUAGGAUCCCGAAGUUGCCCGUGGAUGUGAUGUUUGGCAACGUUGAGAGAGACUGUGACGUUGUUGAUUACAACAAGUAUGUAAAGAGGUUAAAAGAUGACCUAAAAGAGGCACUUACGGUUGCUCAGAAGAACAUUGACAAAGGUGAAUGUGGGAAGAGGAAACUGGCAGACAGGUGGGAGUCCACGCCCUAUAGGGUAGUUGCGCUGAACCCACAGUGCCACAUUUACCGCAUACGUAACACCAAAACAGGUCAGGAUAAAACCGUUCACCGCAUUUUGCUGUUGCAAGCAAAUUUCCUUCCACUUGAGUUGGAGGAACCUGAAUCAUCUGAGGAUAGUGGUGAAUCUGUCCUUAGUAGUAGAAGUGUGUCAAUGGAUGUUGUUGGUCCUGUAUCUGAUUUGUGUUCUUUGUCUGAGCGAGUCGCCAGUUGGUUGGAAAAGACCACAGCUUCUGACGACCCUCAGCAGAGAUUGUCCUGCAGAUCCGAAAGUGUUGAAUCAUUGAACGUAGUCCCCGAGUCAUCAGGACAGGAGCAACUUGCUUCAAAUAAUGAUUGUACCAAGGAGAAAAGCAAUGUAAGCAGUCCAGAUGAAGGACAGAGUUCUGAUUCUCACAGUUCUGUUUCUGAGGCAGUUUGCCAUAGUGACCAUUGUGUUUCACCUGUUGAAGCUGUUGAGCCGCCUCCUGAUCCAGGGGAAAUGAGAGUUCGGACCAGAGUGGGUAGGAUUGUGAAACCAGUCAACAGAUUGAUAGAGAACAUGACUCAAUCUAUCAAAUUUCUGAACCCAGUUGGUGGAGUUGUAAGAUCUUUACUAGAUAAGAAUGUAUUGUAUUACAACUUUUUUUUGUCAUUUUGAGUUCUAGAUUACAGCACAUGUGAGUCAAUGUAUUUCAGUAUGUUGUUCCAGAUUAGAGAUGAAGUUUCAUCCGAGAUCAAUGGUGUUUAAGGCACCUUUUGCGGGUGACUGCAGUAGGCCUGAUCAACCUGCCGUAUUCGCCUUCCCUGUGAGUGGGAAACAUAUUUUGUUGCACAAUGUUUUGGAUAAAAGUUGGUCUAAUGACCCCAGUGUAUACUAUCCCUGUAAUAGUCAAAAUUUGUGAAGUUCAAGGGGGAGAAUGUAACUGGUGUGAAUUUAUUGACUUAAUUUAAUUUGCUUUCUUUUCUUUCCUAUAUUGUAUUAUUAU